UCUUCUUUUCUCUCCCUCUCUUUUUUUAUAUAUAUGCUGUCAGAUUUCUCACUUCACAAACAAAGAACAUUAGUGUCUGCUUCAUAUAACCAAACUCUUCACUCUGCUUCUGCUUCUUUGGAAAGCACUUAACCAAACUCUCUGUUUCAGCUUCCUCUGUUUUUUGGGUACGAACAGAGUUCCUCUGUUUUUGACGAUGGCCAUAAAGGCGAUUGAACUGUUGAAAGGGUGCGGAUCACAAGAAGAAAUAAUGGAAGUGCUUGCUGCGGUGGCUUCGGAUUUGGGGGAUGUGAUCGAUGAUGUGAACACCUUGCAGGUGAUUCCACUGAAUGGUGCAAUGACCAAUGAGGUUUUUCAGAUAAACUGGCCAACCAAAAAUGGUGGUGAGAUCAGAAAGGUUCUGGUUCGUUUAUAUGGGGAAGGUGUUGAAGUUUUCUUUGACAGGGAAGAAGAAAUUCGAAACUUUGACUGUAUUUCAAAGCAUGGUCAGGGUCCACGCCUUCUUGGCCGAUUCACCUCUGGCAGAGUUGAGGAGUUUAUUCAUGCCCGAACUCUCUCAGCUGCUGACCUCCGUGACCCUGAAGUAUCUGCUUUGAUAGCAUCUAAGAUGAGAGAGUUCCAUAAUCUUCAUAUGCCUGGUGCAAAGAAGGUUCAGAUUUGGCACAGAAUGAGGAAGUGGCUCGGUCAAGCCAAAAGUCUGUGCUCCCCAAAGGAUGAAAAAAAUUUUGGCUUGGACAAUCUGGAUGAGGAAAUAAAUAUCCUGGAGAAGAAGUUAUCUGAAGGAUAUCAAGAGAUUGGUUUUUGUCACAAUGACUUACAAUAUGGUAACAUAAUGAUGGAUGAAGAGACAAGAUUAAUCACUAUAAUUGACUAUGAAUAUGCCAGUUAUAAUCCCAUUGCAUAUGACCUCGCAAAUCAUUUUUGUGAAAUGGUGGCAGAUUACCACAGUGACACACCUCAUGUUCUUGACUACACGAAGUAUCCAGGACUAGAGGAACGUCAAAGAUUUAUCCGCAACUAUCUGAGUUCUGAAGGCAAUAAACCAAGCAAUGCUAAAGUGAACCAGUUAGCGAAAGCUGCAGAAAAAUACACUCUUGCAAACCAUCUAUUUUGGGGGUUGUGGGGACUUAUUUCGAGUUAUGUGAACAAAAUUGAUUUUGACUAUAAGGAGUAUGCAAGGCAGAGGUUUCAGCAAUACUGGAUAAGGAAGCCUACUUUAUUGGACUCACCAAGCAUCGUUUCCCUAGAUGAAACUGUGAAUGGAUUGAUGCCAUCCUUCACGUGAUUUUGCUUCAGAUUUCUUAUAGCCUUUUUGGAGAUGUAGGGUGCGAUACCAAACAUGCAUUUACUGAAGUUUAGUCUUAGUAUAUAUAUUAAUAUAUUAAUAACACCUGAAGGUAUGAUAUGCAGCAUCAUAUAUGUAAACAAUAUGUAAUCACUAACAAUGUGUGAUGAGUUUUGGAAAUUUAAGGAUUGUUUACCAGUCCCUCUCUUUUGGGAUUGAGUUGGGGGAUAAGAGUGAGAAUAAGUAGUUUAUAUUGUUUGCAAUAUUGAUGGGAUAUGCAUAUAGCAAAUAGAUAGAUUUGUUCUCGCAUUUUACUUACACAUUAAAUAAUGAUUGAGGUUGAGAUUUGAUAUUAAUCACUCA